AAUCGGUUGUGGCGCGGCGGGUUCCCCGGCAAAAUGGCGGCAGCGGGAGGGACGCGGUGGUGCCGCUGCAGCGCACGCCAUGCCCGGUAGCCGGCGGAAGGGGCCCUGCCUGCGGGCCGCCGCCCUCAGAAGGCGGAGCGGCGGCGGCGAGGAGCAGCUCACCCGGCGGCGGCCGGCGGAGCCCCGCGCAGAGGAGGAUGAGGAGGCGGCGGAAGGCGGUGCGGGCCCAGGCCUGCCCGCGGGGGAGGCGCGUCCCGCGCCCCGGCCAUCGCCGUCGCGGGAAGCAGCGGCGGGGCGGGGCGCUGCAGAAUCAUGUUUACAUAAAACACCCAAGAGAUCAUUGAGUAGGAAAUCCCGAAUACCUGUUUUCAGCUCUCCUGUUAAUGACACCGAUAUACAGCAAGAAAUCUUUUGGGAUCCUCAUUCACCAAUUACACAGAGACUAGGCAAUGGAAAACCCAAACAGUCUACCAGUAGAUGUGCAGUAGAAAUUUCAGAAAUUGUUAAUCGUAUUGCUCCUCAGGAUGAAAAAGCAGCCUGUAACGAAGGCUCCCUUUUAGGGACAUGGAUUGGUGAGGAUGCUAUUCCCUGUACGCCUGCCGUAGUAAAAGUGCGAGCGAGGACAAAGUUAACUUGUACAAGAGAUCUUAAAAUUAAAAAUCCUGAAGAGGAACUCAUGAAAUUGGCUAAGGAAUUUGAUAAAAAUCUAGUAGAGCUAGAUGCUGUUCAGGAACAAGAGAAGCUUGGUCAUGACUUCAUCCGGACCGCUCCAGAGUCUUUAAAUAACUCUAAAGAUGAAGCAAAUACGAAGAACCUGCAAUCACUCUUUGGUGAAGUUUCUGAAAUAGAUACUGGUCUGUCCCUGAAACCAGUAGCACAGAGCACGGGCAUCGCCGCUGCAGACCCCUGUCAAUCGAGCAGUCAAAAGCCUGUAGACCUUGAGGCUGAAAUAGCCCUUCGUGCUCUUUUUGACUGCUCUACCCAGAAGUGUAGUGGACAGCUGAGCCAAGGACUGUCAGAUGUUUCUUUAAAUACUAGUUGCUGUGAAAAUAAAAGCACCUUGGAAGAGGAACACCUUCCCAAGCAAGUUAAAGACGUGGAACGCGGUAAUCUGGAGGCACAUCACAAAGAUACUCUGUGUGCACCAGGAAGUGUGAACCGGACUUUGCCAAAACCUGAUACUCACCCGCUGACAAAAAACAAUCCUUCUUCUCUGAAGACACAAUUGGUGGUCUCCAGUAAGCUUGCUGGAGUAGUUAAUGAUGACUUUGAUGACUGGGAUACAGAUUUUUUGGCAGAUGACUCUUUUGUGAUGCAAAUAACCCAACAUCCUGAAUUGAUAAGUACUGAAGAAGCACCAGCACUUCCUACAAAUCCAUCAGUGUGUGGUUUCAGUGAUGGUGGCACAAUAAAGGAAAGAAGUAGUGGCAAUUCAGGAACUUGUUUGGGGAGUGUGCACAAAUCCAACAGUGUGCAGUCUUCACUUUUGAAACAUUCUGGUAAAAACACACGACAUGUUGUAAAACCUCUUUCUUUACAAAAACCAUGUAAGACAGAAAACUCAGAGGCCAUAGCUUCUCAUGGCAAAUGUGACAUUAAGCCAGAUAAAAUAAGUUCUAUUUGCAGAAGUGCCCAAAACAGUAAUUUGAACUAUAUUCCUGUUUCAACGCAAUCUGAAGUGAAGAAUGGAAAUGAAACUAUUCAGCCUAAAAGUGACCUUCUGCCUUUUUUUCCUUCAAGAUCCAAUCCUCAUAGACAAUGGAUUGAAAAACCUGGGAAUAACACAAACAAUGUUUUCUGUCAAUCAUCCAGUGAUUCUACCAAUAUGAAGUCUAAGGAUCUUAUAAAAGUGGUUAACCAAGCUAAUACAGUUCACUUAAAUCAAGUUGAAAUAUCAAAUAAGCGUCCUAUGUCAUUUGAUGACUGGAAUGAGCCGAAAUUCUCUGAUGAGGUAUUAGACAUGUUUUGUGAAUCCGAUAGUCUUUGGGAUGCAAACUGUGAGGAUGAUGAAUUGUUGUAUCAGGUGUGUGAUGAUAUAGAAAAGCAGACUCAGAGCCAGGAUGUUAAGCAAGGAAACGAAAGAGCUAAAACUAUUCAAGGAGCCAGUAUUAAUUCCAGACCAAGUGCUGUUAACAGCUUCCCAGCAUCCAAACAAGGGCUACCUGAUCUCCUCCUGGCACAAAAACCAAAUGCAAACCAGGACACUUUCUUACUGAACGAUUCCUGUAGGAAUUCCUCAAAGGUUACACGUGGGCUGGCCACAACAAAUCACGCCGUGAACUGUAAAAACAUCUCAAGUCCUCGAACUGUGUUCUUGGGUACGGAAUGUAAAUACACACUGUCUAAAAACUGUCAUCAGGCUGCUUCUGAAGGUACCACAAACACUGUUUCGGGAAAAUGGUACCGGUCAAAUUCUGUGCUGACAGGAGAGACUGGUUCUGAAGUAAGUCCUGUUAAUGCAGUAAACUCUUUUAGUAGCAAAACAGACAGCCCAGGUCUUUUGUAUAAUACUGGAAAGUUGCCAAAUAACAGUUCUGGUAACAAAACAUCGCUUAUGCCUUCAAAGUUUAAGUUCCGAAAGACUAACAGUUCUCAGAGUGUGCUUCAUGUAGGCUCUGAAAAUCCUGGGAGUCAUUCUGGCACUGGAAUUACCACACAGGGUUUGGAAGGAAGCAAGAACCAGGUGAAUGUGACUUUGCACAGCAAGCUCGACAAUAAGAAACCACCUUUCAAGAGGCACCUUUCAGAGUCUUUUGCACUGCCAAAUACAUCAGCGUCUGUGGUGGAACAGAAAACCAGAAAAUGUUCUCAAGAAGAGAUUGAACGAAAAAAACAAGCAGCUCUUGCCCGAAGAAAAUCCAGAAUGCAGGCGUCCCUUAAAGAUACUUGAUUUGGAGUUUAUUUUGUCUAUGGAGUAAGUUUUUGGGAGGGAAAUAAUGUAAUGCUGGCAGACACAUUUAAGCUCUGUUGACAGCUACUGACAUCAAGCUUUUCCUAUUUCUGUAUUUUAAAAACAUCUCGACCUGAACCAUAACUAAAACUCUGGUGGUAUUUAGUCUUAAUUAAAACCUACCAGUUGUUACAGUGUAGUCCCAAAUUACCCUCAGCACCAUGAAGCCUAUAUUGAGUUCAUGUACUGUUAUGUGUUGAAAAAUUAUUGUCUGAGAAUCAUCAGAGCGUGAAAGCGUUUGUGAACACACGUAAGUAGAAGAUGUCAAAAACAGACGGUGUUUUGGCUCUGUUUCUCUUGUUGCAAAUAUUUUCAUCUAUAAGAAACCCCACAAGUACACAGACACUAAGAAAUACUAAUGUCUGCUCUUGGGUAGAAAUGUUUUAAGUUUUGGUUUAAAGAAAGUACAAUCUAGAAAGCAUCCAACAUUGGGAAACUAGUGGAAAUGAACAGGAUUUGGGAAGUGCCAUCAGUUUGUCUCUAUUACCUUAGGUAAGAAUUGUACACAGUGAAGGAAUAAUUUAAUAUAAAAGUUUAAUAAGGUGAAAAAAACAUCCUGGAAAGGACAGUUUAUCUUUUGCUUUUUUUUAAUUCCCUUCAUGGAGAGCUGGAAAUACUCCAGCUAACAAAACUGGACCUCCUUUUUCUAAAUGUGUUACCAAGCUAAUUAAAAGAAGUAGCUUAUGUCAUUUUAUAAAAUACACCAGGUGAAAUCUCACAGCCGUGAAUCACUUCAGCCUUACGCGUGGUACAUAUUUUUCAAACUAAAGGCUGUUAAAACAUAAAAAUGCAAUGUCAUGUCAGCUUAACAGGGGCUGAUAGAAUUUUUGAUGUGAUAGAUGGGCGCAGAGCUCAAACUGCAAAAACUGCCUGUGGGUAAGCUGCGAGAUAUUUUUCAACUGAGAAAUGCUUAUAUGUAAACAUGUGACACUAUGAAAAGUGACUGUAAUUUUUCUUUGUAAAUAAAUAACUUUGAAAUGUACCAAAGGUUAGAGGAAGCUUUUGGUUUCUGCAGUAUGUGCCAUUUUUGUAACUCCUAAAAAUGUACGUAUUGUAUAUUUGUAAAUCAUCAUUAAACUUUUUUACAUUUUUCUA